AUGGAUCGGCUGUGCUACAGCCGGACCUUCAUCGACGAGCCUUCGAGGUUCCGCGAAUUUGAACCUCGCAGUGCCAGCUGUCCCGCCUUGAGAUCCCGCAAGGCGGAGCGGGCUAUGUGGACGGAGCUGUGUCGUGAGGAGACAGCUUCAAGGACGCAGGUGGCGCAGCUGCGGCAAAGGGCUGAGACGCUGCACAGCUCCCAGGAUGCCUUUGCCCCUCUGGCCCUUUGGCCCUCCCCCUCCACGGGGAGUCGCGCUCACCCACAGCUCUGCCGGCGCCCGUGUACCUUCUUCGCCAAGGGCAGCUGUCCCAAUGGCGCCCAAUGCGCCUUCUGCCACCUGCCCCACCAGCAGGCGUCCCUGGACAAGCGCAUGCGCGAGCAGCUGGCGGCCUACAGCGAGACGGAGCUUUUGCAGAUCCUAAGGCCCCACUUCCAGCGCCACGCCUUGGCUACCCCGGACCUGUGUGGCUUUCAGGAGCUCUUGGACCGGGAGCUCUUGCUCCGGCACCCGCCCAUCUCGAGCGCUGACACGAAGGCCUCGAAGAGUCACGAGCUUCUGCACAAGAGGCUGGCACGGCUCCCUGUGGCGGCCUUGGUGGGCUUUUGCUCGCGCAUCUCCGGUCCUCUGCCGCAGCUCUUGCGAGAUGAACUGAACGACCAGCGCCAGUGA